GUUUGUUUCCAACCGCUAUUAAACAGCAGCAGAAGAAGAAGAAGAAGAAGAAGAAGAAGAAGAAGGCGGCGUGUGUUGUGUGAGAGUCUUGGCUCACCGUCCAUAACCACUGAGUGUAAAGACUUCUGGAACCAUCAGCGUCACUUUAACCUCCACAAGACAUGUCCAAUUCUGCUGGUGACCCGAACUUCUGUCCUGAAUGUGGGAAUGUUCUUCCACUCCCUGGAAUAUCCGACACAGUCCGCUGCGCUCGCUGCUCCUUCUGCAUUCCUGUAACAGAAUUCUCUGGCCUGGAAGUCUGUUCAACUGUGGUCUUUAACCCUGUGGAGCAGUCGUCAACUGCUCUGGAGGAGGAGGAUGGCUCAGAGCUGAAGGGACCUGUGAUUGACAGACGCUGCACUCGUUGCAAUAAAGAAGGGAUGAUUUACCACACCAGGCAGAUGAGAUCCGCAGAUGAAGGACAGACUGUCUUCUUCACCUGUAUACACUGCAGGUAUCAAGAAAAGGAAGACUCCUGAGAGGCGUAUCUGUUUACUACCAAACACUGAUUUUAGGAGCAGGCAAUGGGGUGGAAGCUUGCCAUUUCCAGUGGAGCUGUUCAGUGAUUGUUCUAAAUCAGGAAGCUCACUUCAGAGGACGUCUGUCAGGAUUGCUGUAAAGAAGACUCAACUGUUUUUAAUGUUGUUCAUGGUUGCUGCUGUAGAGUACAACUCAACUGGAAAUAAAGUUUAAAAAUAUUUGAUUUAUA